AUGCAGCCAUACUAUGCGCUCUCGUACAACCCAGCUGAAAAUGCUUUCUUGCUUACUAGCCGCUCACACAAUAAGGAACAGUUAAAUAAGCGAUUUAUCGUGCAGGUCGCAAGAGAUUCUGAUGGAAAUACAGAAGCGCCAGUUAAUCGCUCUCCUGGAAUCGCUGCUGUAUGGGUUGCGCGCAACCGUUACGCUGUACUCGAUAAGAAUCAGCAAAUCUCCUUGCGCGACCUCUCCAACAAGGAAGUUCGUAAAGUGGAAAUGAAUGUACCCGUCGAUGACCUAUUCUACGCAGGAACUGGCGUUCUUUUGUUGAGGAAUGAGGAGGGCCUGCAGUUGUUUGAUGUUCAACAAAAACGAGUCAUGGCACAUGUGAAAGCUAGCAAAGUACGAUAUGUCAUCUGGUCAAAGAACAUGGAGUAUGCAGCAUUGCUUUCGAAGCAUACGCUCACACUCAUCAAUCGAAAGCUCGAGGUGUUGUGCACUCAACAAGAAUCUACGCGCGUGAAGAGUGGAGCUUGGGAUGAUGAAGGCAUUUUCCUCUACACCACCAGCAAUCACAUCAAAUACGCGCUCACCGCUGGAGAUUGUGGAAUUGUUCGUACUCUCGAUCUUCCUCUAUACAUUCUUGCAGUCUUGAACAUGGUGAAAAGCUCGACCCUUGUUGGACAGUCUAUCAUCAGUUAUUUGGAGAAGAAAGGUUACCCAGAGAUUGCUUUACAUUUCGUCAAAGACGAGCGCACUAGGUUCGGCCUUGCUUUGGAAUGUGGAAAUCUUGAUGCAGCUCUGGAGGCGGCAAAGGUGUGA